AUGGCCCGCCGCCGCAGCACGGGCCUCCGUUCCCAAAACCACGCAAGCGAGUACGGCUCCGGAGUGGCCCGCCGCCGCAGCCCGCGCCUCCAUCCCCAAAUCCAGCCGAGUGAGGAGGGUGCCGGAGUGACACCCCGCCGCAGCCCCCGCCUGCACCCCCAAAAUCGCGCGACCGAGGAGGGCGCCGGAAUGGCCCGCCGCAUCCGUCGCCGCCGAGGCACCUCGCCGGCGGAGCCGGCUACUGCCAGCCUGCCGGACGACGACGACAUGCUCCGGGAGAUCCUCACCCGCCUUCCCCCGGAGCCGUCCUCCCUCCCGCGCGCCUCCGCCGUCUGCAGGCGCUGGCGAGGGCUCGUCACCGACCCCAAGUUCCACCGCCAGUUCCUUGCGCACCAUCGGAAGCCGCCCCACCUCGGCGUCAUCUUGUGGUUCAGGAACCAGGGGAUCGUGUUCAACCCCAUACUUGACCCUCCUGACCGCAUCCCUCCUGCGCGCGUCUCCCUUGGACGCUACAGCAGCCGCGGCGGCGACUGCACUUUGCUCGAUUGCCGCCACGGUCUCCUCCUCAUUUCCGACUGGGCACGGCAUGAGGUCGUUGUGUGCGACCCCAUCGCCGGCGAGCAGCGCUGCGUGGCUGUUCCGUCCGGGAUGAGGAUUGGCUACCUGAAAGGGGCGGUGCUCUGCGCUGCCGGUGACCAUGGGCACGUGCACGGCAGCCGCUGCUUCAGCUCCUGCAAGUUGGUCUUGCUGUCCGGGGGCAGACGCGAUACUCCAUGUCUUGCCUGUGUUUACACCUUGGAGACCGGCCUAUGGGGCAAUCUCGUCUCAACAGAGGCUCCAUGUUAUAUUUUCGAUGGUGCUCCUGAAACCCUUGCUGUUCCUGCAACCCUUGUUGGUGAUUGCCUUUACUGGUUAGUGGGCUGUGGCAUACUAGAGUUUGAUUUCGAUAAACAGAACCUAGCUGUUUCCAUGGGGCCUCCGUGUCCUGAUUCUAUGAUAUACGGAAACCAUCAGAUCAUCCAGGCUGCGGAUGGUGUUGUUGGCUACGCCGCAUUGUCAUAUCCUCGCCUCGAAAUGUGGCAGAGGAACAUCGACUGUCAUGGUAUUGCCACAUGGGCGCCGUGGAAGACCGUCGAAUUGGACACCAUUCUCCAGCUCCCUUAUCUGCAUUUGGGAAAGGGGGUGCAGCUGCUGGGGUAUGAUGGGGAUGAUGCUGUAUUUUUAUGGCAUGCCUCAAGUGUCUACUUGGUUCAACUUAAACCAAUGCAGGCCAGGAAACUUAAUGGAAUCUCUUCUCCCAUCAUGACUCGCUAUCAUCUUUUCAAGAGUUUCUUUACGCCAGGCACAGCCAUUGCUGGUGGAUUUAAUGCAGCUGAAUUGUCGCACAUAGGAUGACUAUCUGGUUUGAUGUGCUAAUGUGCUGAAAUAGUUCAACAGGUGAAGGGAUGGCGGCUGCUGCAGUUCUCAUCAGUCUGUCGCUUUGAUCAAUGUAGUCGGCAGUGUUUACAUGUUAUGUGAACAAAAAAAAGAAGUCAUUGUGCCAUAGUCUAGCUUGAUUUCUAGUGUAGCAAGAUGCUUUUGAGUACCUAAUCUAGGGAACUUCAGCUUGCCCAGGUAUUAUUUCAAGUCGGAUUCCGCCAUAU